AACUAUUUUCAUGUCGUAAUCUAUAUGUUUUCUUAUAAUAUCAUCAUCCUCUUAUUUCAAUUGAAGUUUAUGUUCUGAAAUUUGUACUUUCAAAAACUCCCUUAACCUCAAAGUUGAACUUUGGAUUGUUAGAUUAGCAAAUCAAAAUAUGUUGCUACAGCUCUGAUCAUUGCGGCAAUAAAAUUUCAAAUCAAUUCUCUUCCUUCUCAAUUAUGUACCUUAGGACUAUUAUUUCCAAAACCCUUCUAGAAUUAUCUAAAAAGUCUGAACAAACAUACAUAAGGACUUUGAGUCAAUGUAUUCAACGAAAGAUGUCCAGUAAAUUUAAUGGUGAAGGAGAUAGAUUCCGCGGAAUCACCGUUCAUUCAAAUGUUGAACCUUGUGAAUCCUCAGAUUUACCGAAGAAGCUAGAAGAAUCUCUCAAUUACUGGAAGGAAAAUAACAAGAGAACUAUAUGGUUUAAAGUAUUUUUGGAGCAAUCUGAGUGGGUACCGCAUCUCGCAAAGAAAGGUUUCAAAUAUCACCAUGCUAAAGAAAAUUAUGUUAUGAUGUACAUGUGGUUGCCAACAGACGAAUCGAACAAUAUACCUGCAUACGCACAUACUUUAGUUGGAGUAGGAGGUAUCGUAGUUAAUGACAAAUCACAAAUUCUUGUUGUAAGAGAGAAGUAUGCAACUAGAGUAGCCUGGAAACUUCCUGGAGGUUAUGCAGAGCCUGGUGAGAACUUGAUUGAUACUGCAGUACGUGAAGUUAUGGAAGAAACAAAUAUCUCUACCGAAUUUCAUAGCGUCAUUGCACUGAGACAUACGCACGGUAGGGUUUAUGAUUGUUCAGAUAUAUAUAUGGUUGUUAGUUUAAAACCAACUACAACGGAAAUUAAAAAGAGCAAUCAAGAAAUAUCGGAGUGUUUAUGGAUGGAUAUUAACGAGUACCUUAAUCAUCCUGAAAUUCACUCUCUCAAUAAAUUGCUUGUUGAAAAGUUUCUACAAUAUAAAGACAAGAAUGUAUGCAUAAAUUGUGUGAGUGGUGUUCAUCAAAUAUUAAAAGUUCCUUACACAUUUUACUCGAUUGAAGACGAUAAAAGAGAAAAUGAACCACAAGAAGAAAACAGAUGAUAUAGGAAUUAAUAUAAGGUUCAAACUUUUAACCUAGAUAAAAUAUUUGAAAUUAAAAGAAUUAAUUUUA